AUGAUAGUAGUUUGCCUGCAGAUCGCGGUUAUUGCGACUGCUUGUAAGCUGCUGCUGGUCCCUACCUACCGGUCCACAGACUUUGAGGUGCAUCGUAAUUGGCUUGCCAUCACACACAACCUCCCGAUCUCCAAGUGGUAUGUGGAGGCGACGUCGGAAUGGACCCUCGAUUACCCACCGUUCUUUGCCUGGUUCGAAUGGCUUCUGUCUCAAUUCGCUCUUUUUGUAGACCCAGCGAUGCUGGUCGUACAGAAUUUAGAGUACGCUAGUGAGCGUACGGUGCUGUUCCAGCGCGCCUCCGUCAUCGUCACGGACCUGGUGCUGCUCGCGGCCUCGUACGCGCUCGCCAGGUGGGAACCCCGUAACAGCAGCGGCAGUGAUAACGUCAACAUGCGGCGUGGCGCGGUGCUGUUUUUCUUGGUGUCAUGCAACGCGGGACUCAUGCUUGUGGACCACGUGCAUUUCCAGUACAACGGCGUCAUGAUGGGUGUGCUGCUGUGGUCGCUGUACGCGGCCUGCAGAGGCCGUAUGCUGGCUUCCGGGCUGCUGUUUGCGGCGCUGCUGAACAUGAAGCAUCUUUUCCUGUAUGCAGCCCCCGCAUACUUCGUGGUCCUGCUGCGCCACUAUUGCUGUGAGGGCACAGCGAUUGGCGGCGAAGAAAGAGGCGCUGCUGGGUUUGGCCGGAUUGCUUUACGCCUGGCAGUGCUUGGAAGCGGCGUGUUGGCCAUUUUCGGGGCGUCGUUUGGGCCUUUCAUCGUGAUGGGCCAGAUGCCACAGGUGUUGCGGCGGCUGUUCCCCUUCGGUCGCGGCCUAAUGCACGCCUACUGGGCCGCCAACGCCUGGGCGCCCUAUGCAGCUGCGGACAAGCUGCUGGCGGUGGGGCUGCCGCGAAUCGCCCCCUGGCUUGGGCUGGACCUGGAGAGGAUGGGGCUGCGGAUACAGCGGGGGGCGGCGAACAUGGCAGCGCGUACCCGCUCGCUCCCGCAGGUAACCCCUGCAGCCACGGCACUGGCGGUGUUGGUGGGGCUGCUGCCCUGCCUGGCAGCACUGUGGGCUGGGGAUGGCCGCCCGGGGUACGUGCGUCGGAACAUCUUUCGUGCGGUGUCCUACAGCUUCCUGUGCGGCUUUGUGUUCGGCUACCACGUACACGAGAAAGCCGUGCUGGUGGCACUGCUGCCGCUGGCAGUCGACGCGGUUGUGUCCCCAGUUGCCGCCCGGCGGUUUUUGCUGCUCGCCAGCGCUGGACACUAUGGCCUGCUGCCCCUGCUUUUCCGCCCCCAAGAGUACGGCGCCAAGGUGCUGCUCGUCCUAUCCUACUUUGUGGUCUCUGCGGCAGCGCUGUGCGGGUUACACGCUGAAGUUCAACCGAGCGCUGGGCCCCCGGUGAAGGCGUACAUGGUUGGCUUCCUGCUUGUGGAGCUCUAUGUUAGCGUCGUGCACGAUGCCGUACCUUUUCUGCGACGGAAUUUGCCAUUCGCACCUCUAAUGCUGACAUCCGUGUACUGCAGUGUCGCAGUGCUAGCGGUUUGGGUGGAUGCUGCGAUUGAGUGGGCACGUGACGUGGCUGCUGCAGCGGGGUGGUAG